GAGCCAUGAUUGGGGGAGAAAUGUCUCGUCCGUUAAUUGACGCGGACGGGGAUUCUUCAGGGUUUGUUGCAGACACGCGCAGACGGACCUGCCGCUCCUUUUCCGAUGCAGCCAAACCCCCGCAGGCACAAUCGAACAGCUCGGGUCAUGUCCAUCCGAUGACGUGCCUUGGACCUACUCUUCCACCUCGGCAGAAUGUGAAAGGCCUGGAAUUCUCCGGUGGGCCCGAAGAAGUAUCCAGGUCUCGAGGUCUUUAUAUCGACUUGCAUGUGCUGUCACGUUACAUACGCAUCAAUGACUUCGUCAUGGGAGGUGGAAAGGUCAAAGGGACACCAGUCCACCUGCCUUCAAAGAGGAAGCCCUCGAUGGGUAGCCGGCCAGUCCACUUCACACUCGAUCAAAUUCUCCGACCACUGGUCCGCCGUCCAGAUGCGCAGGAUCCGGAAUCCAGCACCCUCGAGCAGCCCGCGCCAGCGAAGUCGCUCAGCAGGAUGAAGUCCAAUGCAGAUAAAGGACCGGUGCUGCUGGCGGUGAUGUGGUCCCUGACGGGCUUUGCGGCCCUGAGGGUCGCCACGCGGCUAUACAUCCGAGCUCGGAUCGUUUCGAAUCUAGGGUUGGAUGACUGGUGGAUCCCGGUUUCGAUGGUGUGUAACUCGCAUUCGGUCUGGAUUUUCUUCCAUGUAACAUUGUAUCGUUUCGUUCCCUCGUGGCUCUCACGGAACAGCGCCCUACUCUCCUUUUGCGAAGCCCUCUCCUCCGCAUCUGGGUUAUCGGCACGGUCGCAUCAUAAUGCAGCAUGGGUCUUCUCCUAUCGAUCCUUGCGGUCGGCCAAACACAAAACAACGAGAUCAACGGUCCGGGGGGCCUUCGAGCCACCGGGGAUCAUCACUUGUACGACGUCAGGGAGCCUCGAAGCCAAGGAUUUUGAUGAUAAAACCAUCUUGACCAAACAACCGAGGUCGACCACUGGAAAAGCGCAGCUUGACGCCACGAUCAAUGCCUUCAUCACGACACUUCUACCACGCGCCGUCAAACCCACAUCUGCCGUGACGGGCGAAUAG